CUCAUUGGGCGAAGCUGGGCUAUGUUGUUUGCCAGUGGAGGCUUCAAGGUGAAACUCUAUGAUAUUGAGCAAGAGCAGAUAACAAAUGCCCUGGAAAAUAUCAGGAAGGAGAUGAAGUUGCUGGAGCAGUCAGGUUCUCUGAAAGGCUCUCUGAGUGUGGAAGAGCAGCUGUCACUCAUCAGCGGCUGUUCCAACAUUGAGGAAGCAGUAGAGGGCGCCCUGCACAUUCAGGAAUGUGUUCCAGAAAACCUGCAACUGAAGAAGAAGAUUUUCGCUCAGUUAGAUCGCAUCAUUGACGACACGGUGGUCUUGGCAAGCUCCACCUCCUGCCUCAUGCCUUCCAAGUUGUUUGCCGGCCUGGCACACAUGAGGCAGUGCCUUGUGGCUCAUCCUGUGAAUCCGCCCUAUCACAUCCCACUGGUUGAGCUGGUCCCACACCUGGAGACAGCCCCCGCGACGGUGGACAGAACCCACGCCCUGAUGAGGAAGAUCGGACAGUGCCCAGUGCGAGUGCUGAAGGAGGUGGACGGCUUCGUUCUGAACCGCCUGCAGUACCCGAUCAUCAGCGAGGCGUGGAGGCUGGUGGAGGAAGGAGUGGUGUCUCCCUGCGACCUCGACCUGGUCAUGUCGGAAGGGCUGGGCAUGCGGUAUGCGUUCAUCGGACCCCUGGAAACCAUGCACCUCAACGCGGAAGGGAUGUUAAACUACUGUGACAGAUACAGCGAAGGCAUGAAGUGUGUCCUGAAGACUUUUGGACCCAUUCCAGAGUUUUCUGGGGCCACAGUUGAGAAAGUUAACCAGGCCAUGUGCAUGAAGGUUCCUGACGACGCAGAGCACUUAGCUGCCAGGAGGCAGUGGCGGGACAAGUGCCUCAUGAGACUUGCCGCGCUGAAGCGUCAGAUGCAGCCCCAGUGAACUUCCUGGAGAGCUGCCGUCACUCCUGUCAUCGGAAGUCCAACCUGGGCAAAUUACGAGCAUUUAAUCAAAUCUCUCUAAGGCAGUGAGAAGCCCAGUGGGGCAUGAGGCUCUGAGCUUUUCCACCGCGCUUGCUGCCUCCAGCACUGGAGGCAGCGUGGGCCCCAGUCACUCUGGAUCCCAGCACUGGGUGAGGAUGUCGCAGUAGCACCUGGGUUCUGGGGGCUGUGGGGUUCUUGCUGCCUGGGCAGUCUGAAGAGAUUUACCUUUUAUUUUCAGGGUGAUUACGUAUGAUUACAUUUUACAGCUGAUGAUUGAGUUUCAUGUUAUUUGUAGCAAAAUAUCUUUAUAAUUAUUUUCUAAUCUCUUUCUGAGUACUCUGUGGCCCAGCAUUUAUGAGGCUUAUUAUGCAUUUUGCUAAUGCUGAUUCUGAAUAAAAGGUUUUGAUUCCAUAGACAUGUCCUUUUUCUUCUGAUCUAAAAAAGACAGUGUUUGAUUUUGAUGAUUGGCAAAUUUUAGAGUGACCACAGUGAAUGAGUAAUAAACAUACUUUGUUCUGGG